AUGGAGCUGCACGCCGAGAUCCUCCGCCGCCUUCCGCCGCGGGGCAUCGCUACGUGCCGGGCCGUCCGCAAGGGCUGGCGCGCCGCCGUGGACUCCAACGGGCUGAUGCUCGCGGUGGAGCACCGGGUGCCGCACCACGUCGGCGGCAUCAUCAUCAACUUCUCCUACGAGGACCAGCCGUACUUCUUCCCCUGCGGGGCCGGCCCUACGGGCAUCGGCCACGAGGCCACGGCGCUUGAUUUCAUGAUCCCACCGGAGGUGGAGACGGGGCGGGGGAUCGUCCUCGACCACCGCAACGGCCUCCUCCUGUACGAGGGCGAGUACGCGGUGUACGUGUGCAACCCCGCGACGCGGCAGUGGGCGGAGCUUCCCCCUUUGCCCUCAGAUCUCCCCGGCGCCUAUUACCUCCUGUUCGACCCCACCGAGUCACUGCACUACAACGUCUUCUUCUUCCCCGAGCCCAACAAACAUGAUCAGUCGAUGGAAUGGCCGCCGUCUUCGUACACAGCGAAAGUGUACUGCUCGAGAAGCGGCCAGUGGGAUGACAUGACAUUUGUCCGAGAAGGAGAUGCAACAACGGUGGCCAUGUGGGCAGAUCGAAUCAAUGAACGAAAGCGCCACGCCGUGUACUGGCGAGGGGCAUUCUAUCUUCAUUGCCCCACUGGUUUCAUCAUAAGGUUUUCAUUGGAGAAGAAGACUUCUGUAAUCAUCAGAUCCCCGGAAGUAGUGGGGAUGCCUAAUAUUACUGUUUAUGAGCCUGAAAUGCAUCUUGGGAAAUCGAAACAUGGAGUAUACUUCACAACCAUCUACGGAUCCCAACUUCAAACAUGGGUACUACUUGAGGAAUCCAAACCAUGUCUAGUGCAUAAGUGGGAGCUAAAGUGUCAUUUUGGACUUAUUCCCUCUUUUAAAUGA